AUGGCCUCUCACCAAACCCACCCAUCACACUCAUGUCAACCACCACCACUACGCUUCGAUGGCGCAACUUCUUGGCCAGGUCCCAUCUACAGACAACCGCCAGUUCCAGCUGCUCAGGUCUGGCCAGCGACAUCAAUCCCAUGCGAAGACAGAGAUGUCAAUGGCAGACGAGCUUCGUAUUCAAAGCCUGGCAGCACUAGCAAGCCGCGCCCUCCAGAGGCUACUAGAAAGGCAGCAUCAGUGAAGAGUGCCGGAUCCUCUUCAAGUCGGAAGAACAUUGCUGCCUCGUUCAAGGGCUUCUUUCACAGUUUGCGGCCUAGCAAUUGUCCCGAGCAAGGCUUCACUCUCCGGCACCAUGAUCACGAGCGCCAGACGAUCGAUCAGGUCAUGACAGAGAAGAGAGCCUCGAGUGUCAUGCAGCCGCGUACCACCAACGUUCAGAAUCUUUUCAGACUAAGGCGCAAGAGUACGGACUCUGGCCAGGCUGAAGUCCAUUGCCAUACCCCGAGUACACCGGAUACCAUUGUGUCGGAAGCUUGGAAUAUUCCUGUGGCGCUUCCUCGACGAGCGACCAGUGUCAGUGGCAAGUCAAGGGUUAGAGCGGCGCCUCUCCCUAUUAGGAAGAUCACAUCGAGGUUGGAUAUGAGAUCGGAUGACGGCCUUAAUGCCACUCAUCAUCGGGACGACAACCAAAUUUCAUCACUUGAUGGGACUUUGGCCAACAUGAGAGAACGCCGAGUGAAAAGCGGAAAUAUUCCUACCUUCUCCAUGCCAUCGCGGAAACCGGUGCCAAACCAAAACCGCAGUUCUCCUCCCAUACCGUCUCCAGCUCACACAGGCACUGUUAAUCCCCAUAACUUCAUGCCGUCGGUGAUGCCGGGCUAUAACAAAGCUCGCUCACUGUUCCUCGCAAAGCAAGAAUCCCGCCGCCAACGUCGCAUUCUAAGAGAAGCAAGUGACUACCUCGGAGUGACAGGGGCGAACCCUUAUACCGGGAUGCUGGACAAUAUUACACCCAGAACGAGCAUAGACAUGACAGAGUUUUGUCGGAUGUCUCCCCAGUCAUCCCCUAAUGGAUCGCCUCAGAAUGAGCAAAGGGGGCAUGGUGUCGGGAAACGGACGAGUCCUCGGCAGCGGUCUAAACUCGGCCAGCAAGCAGAGCAAUGGUCCUCCGUGGCGUCACCAAAUUUGACCCCCAUCGUCCAGAGCCAGAGCCCAAGCAUUAGGAGUGGAGAGGCUGCUCAGGCGGGGGAGCCAGCUACCACCGGCCACACCUCGAAAUCUUUUUUAGGGAUGGGGACGGCUGUUAUGCGGCUGGGUCCCGGUCCGAUGGACACCCGCCCCGUCCAGGGCCAGAUUGGGACAAAGAAGCCGUUCUCCAGGAUCCCAGUGCCAGAUCGCCGCCCAAUUCCACGCAAGAUGCUGCCAGGGAACCCCAUGACAACCGUUCCCAGCAGCGGCGAGGUUACAUACCCGCAUUUGGACAUCACGAACCUGAACCCAGCCCGCCAAUGGGCGAACAUGCUGAUCGAGGAUUUGGGUGGCCUGGAGCGCAGCAUCCGGGACAGCACCAGAGAAGCCACGGCAUGGGCGAAUUCGGUAGCCCAGGACAUCACUGGACUGGGCCAGGCGCUCCACCUCCCACAACCCCAAUCUGCCUGCACACCCACCAUCACCAUUACUGGCUGCGAGUCCAGUCUUCACCGUCAGCUCCCCUCCGCCAUAAAGGAAACCUGCCGCGAGGGACCCAAAGCCAAGCCCCCUCAAAAGGCAGGAAAGACGUCAGAGACGAGUGGGGUCAAGGUCCAGAAGACGACAAAGUCCGUAACCAUCUCGUCGUCACACCAGAUACACCAGACAUCGUCCUUGUCCCCGAUCGUUGCACCCAAGAACGGCUCUUCGACGCCGCUAGAUUCCCUUCCCAGCACGCAACGGAACGCCUCGCCGAAACCCGCAAGACCAGAUCUCCAUCGUCCUCCCAGCUGGACGGCAUCACUGACCACAGACCGUGUUGCAGAAGUGAUGGCAGAAGAUCUGCCAGGUCGCGAGAUGCGCAAGACGAUGAGAAAGGAACCGGAAAUCCAAGACGUAACAAAUGGAAAGAGACUUUCACCACUCAAGUCCACUUACAUGCACCGGCCAAGUCUGGCAAAGUCGAGGAGCUGGUCGUCGAAUCAAGGUCCGGCCGACAUGGAAGCUUUCACGCAGGCGAUGGCGCAGGGAGCAGCGCGGGCUGCGUUGUUGCAACACUCAGCCGACCAAAGAACAAAGCCGGAGGGCAGCCCGGCAUCGGCGUCGGGAUCGGACCCGGCAUCAAGGAGUCAGCACCGUCAGCACGGACGACAGGAAGCGGCCACGGGACGGGCCAUGACUGGAGACACGAAAGCUGGGGUAGAAGCCACGGUAGCAGCCAAGAGUGUGAUGAAGGCCGAGUUGGGAGCAAAUCUGGUAACGUCAUUACCAGGACAAAUGAAGAAGUGUCACAAGCUCAAGGACAGCGCCGACCACGGCAGCGGAGACAUGGACGGCCGUUCCAGAAGCCAAGAGGGGAUGUCAAAAGCCAGUGAACCCCAGGCGUGCCAAGAGGAUGGGGCGGCGGCUAGGGACGAUCUGUAUCGGCUUUUCCCAGGCUUGGCACUCCCUGUCAGGUCGAUGAUGGCGGCGGGAUCGGUUGGGCAGGGUUUUGAGGUGCCGGUCGGAGUGCGGAUCGUGGUGUCGGUAGUGGUUACGUUUGUAGGGCAGUUUGCCUGUGCGUACUGGGCAUUUGUACGGCCGGUGUUUCAUCUCGACUCGCCGCUUCACAAGCGGUACGCACAGGGCCAGGCGACGCUGGGAGACGUGGUGGUUUAUAUCUUUGCGCUGCUGUUUGUGUUCUUUGCGGGCGCGGCUGUGGUGUGGAUGAUCAGGGGCACGGUUCUUGUGUGCCGCCUGGCCAGGGCGAUUAUCGGAGGAUUGGCAAUGCUGGCGGGUUUGUGA